AGACUGGUGCGGGGUGCCGGCACCGACAGACCUGCCGGACCACCGACAGACCGGCCGGACCACCGACAGACCGGCCGGACCACCGACAGACCCGCCGACCGGAACAGGAGCCGGUCAGUGGUCAGAGGAGAGCACAGCGGCGGUCAGGGUAACCAGAGUGGCCGGGGGCCGGUCGGUCGACCAGUGGGCACAGCAGCGCUGCCCGCACUAUCAGGGACAGUGCAAGGAGCGGUGGCGCUCUGACGGCUCCAGUGAGGUCGGACAGCACGGCCCUCAGCCGCGGCGGUCGGAGGGCAGUCAGGGCGGAGCUGUCAGUAGUGACCGGAGAGGCUCAGUUGCCAGAGGACUAUCGGUCAGAGAGUAGCUGCAACAGGAGUCGGCAACUGUCUGGGAGACUGCAGAAGAUCACGGGCAAGACACGAAUGGCCAUGGACCACGGAUAGAACCAAGUGGGAUAGAGCCAUUGGGGCUGUGAACAAAGGGUGUGGAUUACAGACACUGGCGAGCGGUACCAGAAAGACAGCCAAGCGCACCAGUGGAAGGCGGCAUCGGGCGACGAAUACCCAGAACGAACACCGAACUACACCAGUAGAGGCGUCUCAUCGCCGUCACCAUGACCACGAAGCCGAAGACGCUGGCCGAGCUGGUACAGCAGCGGCGGGCCGGCAUCAACGUGGGCGACACCACCACGGCGGCGCAGAAGAAGGCGCGCGCCGCAGAGGCCAAGAGGGCCGAGGCUGAGAAAAGGGAGAGGGAGGAGCGCGCGAGAGAGGAACAGCGACAAGAGGAGGAGCGGCGAGAGAGGGAGAGAAGGGAGGACGAGGAGAGAAGGGAGAGGGAGAGGAGGGAAGAAGAAGAGAAAAAGGAAAAAGAGAGACGAGAACGAGAAGAACGUGAAAAGAGGGAGGAGGAGGAAAGACAGGAGCAGGAGAGGAAGAAAGAAGAGGAGGAAAGGAGAAAGAAAGAAGAGGAAAGGAGACGGAAGCAGGAAGAAGAGGAAAAGGAAGAGAAAAGAAGAGAAGAAGAAAGGAAAGAGAAAAAGAGGCGAGAGGAAGAAGAAGACAGAAAAAGAGAGGAAGAGAGAAAGAAAAGAGAGCAGGAGUGGGAAGAACGACGAAAAGAGAGAGAAAGGCAAGAGGAAGAAGAACUAAAAGAGCGACAGAGACAGCGAGAGGAACAAGAGAAACGUUGGGAAGAGGAAGAGAAAAGACGAGAGCAGGAAAGGCAGGCUAAGAAGGAAGAAAGACUUCGAGAAAAAGAAAAUAGGCGAAAGCAGGAAGCGCAGAAAAUAGAAGAGGAACAGCGAAAGUUCCAGGAAUCAAGGAACAAAGCGAACACAAAUAAAAGAUUUGACAGGAAAGACAUCCUAGAAAGCGAAGAUUUCAAGCAGUUCUCGCACUGGAUGAAAAAUGGCAAGAAAGACGACAUGGAUAAAGUACAGGAGCUGCUGUUCCCCGAUGGCUGCUGGGACUAAAUGGCUCCUGAUCCACAGCGAGCGGGCGUCGUUUGCGACCACCAAGUUCGGACCGUCUGGCGCUACCGGGAGUCACUCGCCGAGUCAGUCCCGUAAGUAUAGCUCCCGGGCAGCAGCGAUCAAAACUGCGACUGCGUUCGAGGCGCCGGAGGGUGUCGGCGGAGGUCGAGGGCAGGGCACGGCGGCCUACUGACCCCGUCCGGAGGCCAGCGCUGGCGCGAACCGUGCCGAACACUCAGUGGACUCGGAGGCUGGUAAUUACUUCUGAGCCGACACUAAAGUGUGAUCUACUAGCAUCGUUCUGAGUGCGAGGAAUGAAUAGCGAACACUGAGUGUGCCGUCAUCUGCCCGCGCCGCUAAACGCUGGUCGCCGCACUGCGUGGUGAAAGAGGGGUUUGCCGUUGUUUCCCCGUGUUGGAGGAAGUUGUGCCGCUGGGCUGAGCCAACUGAAGGGCGGGGAUAUGAGUUGGGACUUUGGGAGAGGCCACUGUUGGCCUGUGCCGGGUGACGCCGUAGUUUGCUCCGCUGGCGGUUUUAGUCCAACCACGCGCUGGUCGCGUGGCCACGCACUCCCGAACGGAAGGCGAAAACAAUCGUUCUGGGGCCCAUUGUGCGUGCCCUGUGUACCUACUGGUUGUGGAUACUGUCUGUCUGUGGCUGCGUUGGCGGAUUGUGAUAUCAUUGGCUCGUCCCUUGCAUGAUUUGGAAAACUCAGGCCGACCGUCAAUUGUUUCGAGCAGAAAAACAUUUAAGCCUUAUAACUGGUAGACGUGCUCAUCCGUAUCCGGUUCGGUUCGGAGCUCUGGAAGGUAUGGAUUUUGCCUACUUUGUCCGCAGUGGCCCCCGGACCGGGGCCAGCUGUGGCGGUACCCUGUCCGUGGCCAUUGGUACCGGCGCUGCAGCCGUUGUGUGUUGGGUCCGCCGUGUGGGGGUGGGGACGGUGUGGGCCUCUCGCUCCCCUGGCGGGAUGGGUCACCCAGCUCGGGGAGGCCCGGGCUCUCUCCGAGAGCCCGUGUGAAGUGCAGUGCCGUGUGUGGUGUGAGGCGGCGGCGGCUCCGAGCCGCCGGCCGGAGCCGAGCUGUACUGUUCCGUGUCGCGGCGCGGAGCGGAGUGAACCAUCUUCUGGUGCGGGACGCGGGCGGUGUGGUCUGACGCUCCUGCUGAUCUACAUCCGCCCCGUCCUAUCACUGUGGUCUCCAGUCGCUUCUGGUUGCAGCAUAAUGAGCCAUUCUGACAUCCACCAGCGACCCCCGUAAAACAUGUGUCGCUCUGUUCGUCGCAUGAGCCUACGUCAGUAGCCCAUUAACAGUUACCAAGUAUGUAGGUCGAAAUCGAGUGCAUUUAUCGCAGCUGAACCAGCUAGCGAUGUGUGAUAUUUGUUACUCGAGUGUUUCGAUUGCCUAACCUGGUUGCUUGGUGCUUCUACUCCCACAGACCCCGCCGCACAACCCCAUCCACCAGUUAAAUAAUUUAUUAAAAUACAUUUGCUUCUCAACAGUGCGGCUUCUAGCUGCGAAUUACCCACGGAGGACAAUCAUAUGUAGAUGCUCGAUAAGACGGAUACACUAGCAAAACGGGCAGUCCUGCGGCCAACGGCGGCGCGCCGCCCGCUCUCUGGUCCGGUCCGGUCCGGUCCGGUCCGGUCCGGUCCGGUCCGGUCCGGUCCGGUCCAGUUCGGUCCAGUGCAGUCCCGUCCGGUCCGAUUCGGUCCAGUGCGGUCCGGCCCGGUACCCCGGGGUGCCGGCCGGCCGACCGGUCCCUAAGGCACUGACGGCGGCCCGAGUAGCACGCACUCGGCACCCGGCGCCACCGCCCUGGCAAGAGACGAACGGUGGGGGGGCGGCCGGCAGCGCGCGCCCUCCCAUAAGCAUUAAUCGACUCGCCGGUGGCGUUUGUAGCACUCUGAGUAAAGCUGA